GCCAAUACAGCAUGGCCAUGUCGCUGUCCCGUGGGAAGUAUGGUAACAGAUUUACGGUGUUUUUUGAACAUUUCGAGUGACUUUUUAAGAUUCCCAGUGCGCUAAACUGGUGUCUUCUUAACAGUUUAGUUCUUUAUUCUCGUUUUUAUUCGUGUCAGCUGACUCUUAGCUGGCAGCGAGACAGAUAAACACCAAAAUGCACUCCGUGAAGGUCGGCUAUUUAGCUUCGGCUGCGUCGCGAGCUCUGUGCUCAAGUGUUCACUCUCGUGAGUAUAUUAAAAUGUCGGCUGUGUCUCAUGUUUAUUGCUCUGUUAGUCAGACUCGCUUUUGUAGGACAGCAGCCACGCCGGAAGAGACAGUUAUCCGUAUCCCUCGCUACAUGCAGAAGCGCAUUGAAAGUGUGAAACAGACUCGAGGCAAAAACAAGAUCAGCACCGUCAAAGCCGGAAAGCUCCUGAUCCAGUGCAAGAACCCAGUCCUGAACCAGUCUGCUGGAUACACCCUUGGGAAGUUCGAGCAGCCCGUUUUGUGCUCCAAAGGAUGGAAACACAACAAAUCAUUCGGUGACUAUUUCUCCAUCAACAACAUCAAGACUGUUGCACCUUUCGUCACUCAAAGUCAGGAUGAGGACGCUGAGCAGAAGGCACCGGUGACGUUCAGUAACCUUCGCAUCUGUAAGGAGCUGGUGGAGGCUUUGGACAGUAUCAACAUUACACACCCCACCACUGUACAGCUGAAGACCAUCCCAAAGGUUAUGAAAGGUUACAACAUUAUUUGUGCUGGUGAGACGGGCAGUGGGAAAACACUGAGUUACCUCCUGCCUGUUGUUCACAGGCUGCAGGCUGAGAAGGAGCAUGAGAUGAAUGCUGAGGGCAAACACAAGAUCCGUGCUGUGGUUCUGGUUCCUUCCAGAGAGCUAGCUGAGCAAGUGGCCGCUGUGUCCAGGACUCUGUGUGCUCCAUUAGGCUUCGUAACAAGGACUGUGGGUGGUGGGCGAGGUGUAGGACACAUCAAGGCUAUCUUCAAGAGGGAUCAACCGGAUAUUUUAGUAGCCACACCAGGUGCUCUUGUCAAGGCCCUGAGGAGACGCUACCUGGACUUCAGUGAGCUGUGCUUCUUCGUGGUCGAUGAAGCUGACACCAUGUUCGACCCCAGCUUUUCUGACAUGCUGGAGGACAUCCUGCUCCACACAAACAUUGCUAGUAAUCCCAAGGAAACACAAGGCCCAGGCCAUAAAGCCCAGCUGCUGGUGGUGGGAGCCACCUUCCCCGGGGGUGUCGGGGAGGUGCUGAGCCAGGUGACAGAUCUUGGCAGCAUGGUGGUUAUCAGAAGCAAAAUGCUGCACUUCCUCAUGCCACAUGUCAAGCAGACAUUCUUGAAGGUAAAGGGCGCUGACAAGGUCCUGGAGCUCCACCAAGCCCUGAAGCUGCUCCAACAGGAUAAAGGAGGGGGUGCUGCUCUGGUAUUCUGCAACAAGUCUGCCACCGUCAACUGGCUGGGGUACUCGCUGGAAGAGAUGGGGGUGCCGCACGCACGUCUGCAAGGAGAGAUGCCCGCUGCUGUGCGUGCAGGAAUCUUCCACUCCUUCCAGAAGGGCCUGGUGGAUGUGCUGAUAUGCACGGACAUUGCUUCACGUGGCCUGGACACAUCCAGAGUGCGCCUGGUUGUCAACUACGACUCCCCAGAAUCCCCCACAGACUACAUCCACAGGGCAGGGAGAGUGGGGAGAGCAGGUGGGGUGGAGGAUGGGGAGGUGCUCAGCUUUGUCACGCAUCCGUGGGAUGUGGAGCUGGUGCAGAAGAUUGAGACCGCUGCACGUAGGAGAACUAGUUUGCCAGGGAUGGAGUCUGAUAUACGUGAGCCAAAACCAAAAGUAGCAGAGGCAGAGGAGUAGAACUGAAGUGUUUUUCUCUGUGUUUGCAAGUGGAAAAGACUCUGGUGGGAUAUGUUACUGUAUGUGUAGUGUUGGGAUGACAAACUCUGAAUGUAUGAAACAUUGUCAGCAGAAACAGUAAGUCAGAUGUGUUCAACACAGAGUCAAAGUAGGCUGUUUUUCUUCAGCAACUAUGAUUUUAAAAAAAGUAUACAUACAACAUUCCCAGCUGGGAUAAUUUGAAAGGGAGAUUAAUGGAAGUGACACAUCCUAUGGUUCUGCCAAGUUAUGACCUGGGAUUGCUUAAUUCUGGUGUAAGUAUGUGCUUCUAAUGCUUUGAAGGCACCUGCAUAAAGCCUAGUAUUAAUAACGAUAUUUAAAAAAUCCUAGUGUGUGCUUUAUGUCUAAAUGUUAUUUUGCCAUAGUGUCAGAAAUGAUGUCAGAGCCUAUAUUUGUUUGUUUGUACAUUAUCUGCUCAGCAAUUGCUUACUUUGACUUCAAAUAUUUAUUUGCAAACAAAUGAUGCAGUAUUUUUGUUAAAAAUGAUUUGACUUCAAAUUAAAAUCUUAGUGCAUAA